UAGGCGGAUCGGCGAAUGGGAGAGCCGGAGCGCGCUGGUCCCGCCCUCUCAGACACGUUGCUUCGGGAGAAGCAACACGGGGCUGAUUACUGGCUGUGGCUGCUGCCUCUCCGUUCACACGCCGCACACGUCCCGCACACCAGCUGCUCCUCUCUGCCCGACGCUUCUGCCGGAUUCACAGCUGAACAAAGGAGGAGAGGACACGACCGGCCGCCGCACCCCGGGAAGGUCAGUGAUGGUCAGUGCCUGCAGCUGAGGAUGUCUGCCACAGAUUCGGACAACUCCAUCGACUGGCUGGCCAGCGACACAGAGGAAAAUGAGAGCGAGCAAGAGCCAGACUGUACCGCGAAGCACGCCCAGAGAGAGCUUUCUCCUUCUGAGAGCAGCAGCGAGCUGAAGGAGGGUAGCUGGUGUGAGGUCUCCGGUAGCAGGGGAUCUCCCAGCUGCGCUACGAGGUCAGAGAGAGACUCCGGCAAUGGACUGUGUAAAUCGCAGCGCGGAGAAAAGGCGAACGGAAAGAACACUCAACCGACGAAGAGACCUCAUAGCUCCACAGGAGAGCAGUGCAAGGAACGGCAGCUUAUAUCCACCACGCUGAAGAAGGAUCAAGUUUUUAUCAACAAGUGCAUGGAGCUACAAUGCUACAUCUAUCCGCUGUCAUCAAUCUUGAAUGGCCUUCGUUCAGGGAGAUACAAAGAAAGGCUCAGCAGUUUCCAGGAGAGUGUGGCUAUGGACAGGAUUCAAAGGAUCAUGGGUGUUCUGCAGAACCCCUUCAUUGGAGAGAAAUAUGUUGAUAUCAUUCUGAAAAUGGAGGCGAUGUUAAAGAGCUGGUUCCCUCAUGUGAAACUUCAGGAGCAACUCGUCACUACCCAGACAGAGGGACUUGUGCCCAACAAAAGACUUAAGUUAUCUCCAGUGAUGACAUCUGCAGCUGAGAGCUCCGUCUCUCGCAUUGAUCCUCCAACCGGCACCAAAGCUCUGAGGGUGACGGACCUGACUCCCCCUGAAGCCUACUCUGCCAACAACCUGAAGUGGCUCCACACGUCGCCCAUCUGCUCCCCCGUAGCAGAGCAGGCCCCGGCUGGUCCCAGGCACCCGCUGUUGCCCAGAGAUAAAGACCUGACGCAGGACAGUGCCGUUUCCUCCAGCACAGACAGCCAUGAUAAGACAGACUCUGUGCCCAAAGGCCCACCGUCGGGCAAAAUCAACGCUCCCUGCCUGGAACGGCUCCUUAAAUCAACAGACAGCAUCAUCACACGCAAGGGGACAGGGGGUUUGAUGGGCAGCAGCUGGUCCUAGUCCAAACAUGAGGGGGGGGGGGGGGUGUUCUGGCGUUCAACCCAGCCUUGCCUUGCCCCACCCUGUUAAGGGCCAGCUUGCUUCGCUCAUUCCAGCCUUCAGGAUAGAUGGGAGCGAAAAAAAGGGACGUCAUAGAUUCCUCUGCUGCACGGAGCGGGUGUUGACGAACACGCAGUUGUCUCUGACAUGAAAAGUGUCUGCCUUCGUUUCCUCCUUUGUUGACUUAUCCUUGUUUCUCUGUUUGCAUUCUUCAGUUGCGUGUGUGUGUGAGCGUCAAAAGGUUAGGUGACACGUGCGCAGAUAACCGAAGCAAGUAUUGUCAGAACUGGACUCUUCCCCAUCGGCUCGCGGGUUAAACGAUACAGGUUUACAUGAACCUGCCGUUCUGUCUGGAAGGGAGGAGAAAAUUUAGCCGGUAGGAAGGAUUUUCAGAUUUCCAUACGUGCUCUACAUAUUGUUGUGCUGACAUGUGAUGUUAAUGACCCCCCCCACCCCCUUCGCCUCCACUCUUAGGUUUAUUGAUGUGACUGUUACUCAUUUCUGACCUUCAUCGAUAAAUCCUUUUUGGUACAACUGUUCUACCUCAUCGAGCACCAUGUCAUGGUUAGUGAGUUGGAAUGUGACCACUUUGCUCAGAGUCUGGACCCCCUGACCAGGUCUGCAUUGAGCCAAACGGCCUCCGACAACGAGGCCGUGCAGUACAAACAGAGGAUGCUUGCUCUCUCUCUCUCUCUCUCUCUCUCUCUCUCUCUCUCUCUCUCUCUCUCUCUCUCUAUGGGGGAUGCUCUUGUGGCCUGACUGGUGCCAUUGUAAAGAAUGUCAACUGCAGAUUUGUUUUUCUGAGUCUCCCAGAAGAAGGCAAACAGUGCCUGUAACGUCAAGCUGUGCCUGUGAGCCGGUUUGAUUUAAAAAAAUAAAAUAAAAUAAAAAAAGAGAAGCAUUUAGAGUACCUGCACCUCUGUGGGAUCUACAGAAUCAGGAAUUGUCACUCCUGCCAUUUUCCUGUAUGAGUAAAUUAUUGCCAACUACUAGCUGUGGUGGAGUAGAACAAUUACUAUUUAUUUUGCCGCAGAACUAGACAGUGUGUUAGACCACCUGAGAUGGACAAAGGAUUUGUCUGUGUAAAUCUUACUGCGAAGGUUCUCGAUUUACCCUGAAAAGUGGCCUUUAUAGUGUGAAAUUUUAUACUUUCAAAAUAAAUGUGGUUAUAUUUGUUUGAUGCAAA